AUGCCGUUCACUGCAGUGGUGUAUUGCUUCCAUUGGUCAUAUGUUGUGUGUUACUUUGGACAUGAUGCUUUGAAGAAUAUGCCAUUAAUCAAUGUGCGUAUUGUCCUCAAAUCUUUGUACUACAGUACAGUAUUUCUCUUUGGCUUAUAACACCCUUGCCAAUGCAUGUUAAACCGAUUUUAAAGGGGGUUGACGGUGUAUUAACCCUAGUUAAACGCUAUUGAAAGGCUAGAGGUAUAUUAAGCAGUAGCGGUGUGUGGGUAAAAUCACUGGGGCAAUAAUUGCAUUGUUUGCUCUAUAACAUGUUAGUUCAUAUGCCUUGCCACCGUGAUAUAUAGGCCUAAGGCCGAGACAAUAAGAGGACACAGUGGCAGAAUAAAUUCAACCACACCUUUGUUUCAUCACAAAACCGGAGAGCAACAUCUGUCCACAAAGCAUAUUGCAUGUACCAAACUGUUACAUGACCUACAGCAUGGUCAAUCAAGUUAAUGUUUCCGACAUUUUCGGACUACUAAACAACUGUUGAUUUAGAACCACAGAGAGUUACCGCAAGUCGCAAAGAAAACAGGAGCUGCCUCCACUAUUCCAGCACCAUUUCAACUUCAACAUUUCAACAUCACCAAAUCACCUAUGCACCAUUUCAACUACAAUACAUGACCAAAAGUAUGUGGACACCUGCUCGUCAAACAUCUCAUUCCAAAGUCAUGGGCAUUACCAUUGUUACCAUUGCCCCAGACCAUUGUUCCUCCUCCACCAAACUUUACAGUUGGCACUAUGCAUUGGGGCAGGUAGUGUUCUCCUGGCAUCCGACAAACCCAGAUUUGUCCAUCGGACUGUCAGAUGGUGAAGCGUGAUUCAUCACUCCAGAGAACGCGUUUCCAAAGCUCCAGUCCAAUGGUGGCGAUCUUUACACCACUCCUGCCGACUCUUAGCAUUGCGCACGGUGAUCUUAGGCUUGUGUGCGGCUGCUCGGCCAUGGAAACCCAUUUCAUGAAGCUCCCAACGAACAGUUCUUCUGCUGACGUUGUUUCCAGAGGCAGUUUGGAACUUGGUAGUGAGUGUUGCAACCAAGGACAUAUGAUUUUUACGCAAUACGCGCUUUAGCACUCACCGGUCCCGUUCUGUGAGCUUGUGUGGCCUACCACUUCGCGGCCGUUGUUGCUCCUAGACGUUUCCACUUCACAAUAACAGCACACCAGGGCAGCCCUAGCAGGGCAGAAAUUUGACAAACUGACUUGUUGGAAAGGUGGCAUCCUAUGAUGGUGCCACAUUGAAAGUCACUGAGCUCUUCAGUAAGGCCAUUCUACUGCCAAUGUUUAUCUAUGGAGAUUGCAUGGGUGUGGCUGAAAUAGCCGAAUCCACUAAUUUGCAGGGGUGUCCACAUAGUUUUGUAUAUAUAGUGUAUGCUUAUUCUAAUACAGUAACAAUUAAAAGGUUUCAAAAACGGUUUAGUCUAAUCAACGUAAGGUAAAUAUGAUGUGGCUGUCCAUGGUGCUGAUUUCUGUGUGUGUGUGCAUGUGUGUGUGUGUGUGUGUGUGUGUGUUUGAAAGUAGAAAAAACAUGUUGACUCACCCUACUUAUAGAGAAACACCAAUGCCAUCCUCCUCUCUUUCAUACAUUUACGUCAUUUAGAGCGUCUGCUAAAUGACGUAAAUGUGCCCUUGAGCAAGGCACUUAACCCUAAUUGCUCCUGUAAGUCGCUCUGGAUAAGAGCGUCUGCUAAAUGACUAAAAUGUAAAAUGUAAAUGUAAAAUGUCGCCAAAACGGUCUAUGACUCUGUCAUACAGUAGGCUACACACUUUUAAUUUUUGUUGUCCUGGCUAAAAUGCUUGCUCGCUAGCCUAACUUCCUUUCAUGGUUGGAUGAGAAUCGCCGUUAUAAUCGUUGCCCAGUAUCGAGAAUUAAGUAAAACCACAAGUCCAAAUCCCUAUCUCCAUCCGUGGCUAAUUUAGGAAAGGGCCAAUUUUAGCUAGCUAGCUAGCCACUGGAGGACACAACAAAAGGAGAUGCAACAAUUCAGGUUUUUUCUGUCAGUGAUGUUUGGCUUUUGUUGUGAUGUGAUUGGUGUGAAGCCAAAUCCAAACUGGCGCCAGGACCAGUCACAGUUGAGCUCGCUCAGAUUAGCUCAAUGCUGUUUGGCUAUUAUUUUAUAAUGUUUUUAUCAAAGGGAGGCCAAAUGCUCGCUGGCUUCCCUUGCAUUCAAUGCUACGGGCGGCAACAAUAUCAUACUCUUUUUGAUCAGACAGCAUCAGAUAGAUGGGCUACAGAGACAGAGGGGCGCUGUUUCGCUCGCUCGGAUGCUUUCUCCGGUAAGAUACAUUCAGCCUCUUGCGAAUUGAAGGAAAAUUAUGAAACACAGAGAGACAGAAGAUGCAUUAUUUAGGUUUUUAGAUUUCUUUAUUGGUAAAGUUUUUGGGGAAGCCUGGCUUCCCUUGGCAUUCAUGAAUACACGCCACUGAUAUUAAGCCUAUUGAAAGGCUAUAGAUUGGAGCUAUUGAGUUAAGUUGCCCCACCCACAUGUAUUAUUGGUUAAAUGACCUGUAAGUUAGGCUGAGGAUGUUUUUGAUUGGUCCUGUGUCUCCAGGUGUACAACCAACAUUAUAAGGCUGUGCUGGACGGCAUGGAGACAGACAGCAUCAUGGAGAUUGACCCCGCCCACAGCAUUGAGCUCUUCAGGAUGGGCAACGGUAGCAAUGAGGUGCUCGAGAUCCAUGACUUCAAACAUGUAAGUAUUGAUAAAAUACACAUUAUGUACAGUACACUUUAUGCAUACUUCAUUUACAGUCCCUUUUGUGUUGUUAUUAUUAUAGUUUUGUGAUUGAAUUUGUGUUUGAGCCCUUUCUAAAUUGUUCUUAUAUUGUGUAAAAGCAUUUCUGUUCUCCUGAAAUCAUAUCAUCUUUUUUUUCCUGUUUUUUUCUCUCUCUCUCACGGAAAAAGCUGAUGUGACAAUGUGUGUCGUAAAUAAUACUAAAUAUCUAAUAACAAGAGCUUUCAAUUCCCUCUCAUCACAAUCCAUUACCCACCACGAACACACACUUACACACACACAAAAAAGUGCUUUCUAGAACCUAAAAGGGUUAUUCGGCUGUCCCCAUAGGAGAAUCCUUUGGAAAACCCGUUUUGGUUCCAGGUAUUACCUUUUUGGGUUCCAUGUAGAACCCUUUUCAUAGAGGGUUCUACAUGGAACCCAAAAGGGUUCUAUCUGGAACCAAAAAGGUUUCUCCUAUGGGAACAGCUGAAAAACCUUUUUGGAACCCUUUUUUCUAAGAGUGUACCUGAUAUCAAAUAUAAAACGAAAUAUCUAAUAACAAGAGGUCUCAAUUACGUCUCACACUCAUACUCACACACAAGCACGUGCGCGUACACACACACACACACACACACACACACACACACACACACACACACACACACACACACACACACACACACACACACACACACACACACCGAAGCAUGCCUGUUGCUAGUUUCUCCUCCAUCCCAUCCAGUCUGAAUUAUCCACUUCUGUCAGUGAAGCAAAUUCACCAAGAAAAUGUGUUUGAUUCCAGGCACUACCACGGGAGAUGGCGAAACAAGUGAGCGAGCAGAAUAAUUCCAGCGUCAUUGUGAUUACAAAAGAAAAGAAGAGAGUGGAGGAAAACACAAACCUUAUUAUAAGUUAUACUAAGUGUUAGCUGAGGGGGGGGGGGGGGUUGAAAUCAUUUUUUAAAAGAAAGGAUAUUUCAAGUCAUUACAAAUUCAAAAGCCACCUUAAAAACAAUCUCCGUCAAGCCCAAGGGCUGUGGAUGAGGAAUUGAAAUGGGCAGAUAAUGCCACUUCUUUUGUUUCAGGUUAAUACAGGGAACAUGCUGCAGGAAGAACCUAGGGAACAAGAAGUGGAGAUAAGAAUACCAGUAAAAGGCAGGACUGGCAUUCAAGCAUAUUCACCAGUCUAUUAAAUUACAAUCAUUAUGGUCACAAGAACUGAUAAAAAUACCAGUAGAGACAUGACUGGCAUUCAAGCAUAUUCAACAGUCUAUUAUAUGAGAAUAAUUAUGGUCACAUAGUGCAACUACCACCAACACAUCUAAUGUAUUUCUAUGUAGCUCUUCUAAAAAAUAUAUAUUUUCGUCUAUCAUUUCAUUUAUAAUUUGAUGCAAACCAUGGUUCAUAUUGACAGCAUCAUUAUGUAUUUUGAAGGUUACUCUCUUUUGUUUAAAAUUCUAUCUGGAACUAGAGUAAAGCUCUAAAUCAUUCAUAUUACACAAUCAAUUACCUUCAAACAAUAUUAAAAUAAGCAAUAAUACAAGAAUACAUUUCAAAUAUUGAGGGGCAAGAGUAUAGACGAGAGUAGGCCUACCUCAAUUCCAGUUUUCCAGAACCUUGAGCUAGACAUCAAUACAAACUUGUGUUCAUCAAAUUGAUUCAAUCUAAGAAUGAUCCCUUUUUAUGUGAACUAAAAUACAAGUCUGCCAGAUUACCUGUAUGAGCAACAUACAGUAGCUCAAGUCAUAUCAAUCAAAAUGCUAUGCUAUACUGUAAUUAUCUGCUUUACAUUUAGUCAUUAAAUAAUCUAUAUGUUCCUUAAACUACAUAUUGUUUCUCAGAUAUUCCAAUAUCCAAAGAUGACAUUGUUUAUUGUUUACGGCCAGCGACAUGAAUCCUGGGUUGUGUCCAUUAGACUCAAAACAGAAGAAAAUUGACUGAAAGAGGAAGAAACUAUCUUUAUUUUUCCCCCUUUCGUGCCUUAAUGAGCACAACCCUGAACACGACCGUGAAUGAAAGGAAAUCACUAACAGAGGUGCAGCAACUCAGAGAUAAUAUUUAAUGGCAUGGGUUUAGGGUCCCCGUUCACAGGAGCCGGUAGAAUGAGCAUCCAUGUUUGUUUCCUCAACACAUUACUUGGGCUGACACUCACAAGAUGCAAGAUGCAGGAAGAGAUGGGAAUAUAGAGCCCUAGUGACAAUGAUUAGUACAGCGUCCCCUAACCUUUCUGCAAUGGCGACGCAAUGAGCCCUCCAAACAAAUCAUUGUUCAGUUGGGAAGCUUAAAGCUGUCAGUGUAUGUGUAGUGGGUUUAAUAAGGGGCGAGUGGCGAGCCGGUAUUAUGAAAUUGUUUAUUAAACCUUGCAUCCUUUUCCCAUUUAUUAUCCCCAUAAUGAUGUGUAUUUUCUGGUUGACCAACUCCGUUAAUCAUUGCAUCACAUCACGAGAUUGUCCUUUUUCUCUCUCUGUAGCGGCGCUUGCCAUUACAGUAAAUUUAAACGGGCUCAUCACAAUAAAGUCAGGCAUAAACAUUAUACUUCUGUGUCGCCGACUACAUUUACAUUUUAGUCAUUUAGCAGACGCUCUUAUCCAGAGCGACUUAAAGUUAGUGAGUGCAUACAUUUUCAUACUGGCCCCCCAUGGGAAUCGAACCCACAACCCUGGCAUUGCAAACGCCAUGCUCUACCAACUGAGCUACAAGGAGGCCUAUUGCAGUGUUUUAUAGGCAAUUGUAGACAAGGGGAUUAUGACAGGCAUUGCUUCGUAUCGUGUCGUGGUGUGUGACCUCUAAAGACAAGUGGAAUAGAACGUCCGUAUUUCUAAGUUAACGCUAAUUUAAAGAAGUCGGAAAGGCAUUAGAGCUCUACGCCAUGUAGAUGUAAUUAAAUUAUGAUUGAAUCAAGUCCAUUUUCAUGCCACCACUUAUCGUGAUACAAUGUUAAGGCGAGCGUGGCCGGUGAAGAUCCAGCACUCUAUUCUCAUACGCUCAUGACUCUAUGGUAUUCUGUGGUAGCCCUAGAGACGGCACGUGUUACAAUCUCAUAUGCUUUCGUGGGCUUUCAGACUUAUUCCAGGAGAACUACUUAGUCAAACAGAUAAUGGCACACAGAAAGAUAAUUAACAGAUAUGUCUGCUUUGUUGAAAUAGGCUUUCUCCUGUUGUCGUCAAAUUGAAAAGGCCCUGAAUUCCACAAGGUGGAGGAUCAUCAAUGGCACUGAAAAGAGUGGCUUUUCACUAGGCUGCACAGAUUAAGAGAGUGACAGGGACCUAUGACUGACUAAUUCAGCAGGGGCAGCCUCCGUAGAGACACUGGAUGCAUUCCAUAUACAGUGCCUUCAGAAAGUAUUCACACACCUUGACUUUUUCCACAUUUUGUUGUAUUACAAAGUGGGAUUAAAAUGGAUUUAAUUGUCAUUUUUUGUCAACAAUCUACACAAAAUACUCUGUAAUGUCAAAGUGGAAGAAAAAGACUAACAUUUGUAAAAACUAAAACAUAUGAAAAAUAAAACACUAAUACAUCUUGACUAGAUGAAAAUGUAUGUACUCACUAACUUUAAGUCUCUCUGGAUAAGAGCGUCUGCUAAAUGACUAAAAUGUAAAUGUAAAAAUGUAAAGUCGGAGGUUUACAUACAGUUAGGUUGGAGUCAUUAAAACUAGUUUUUCUACCACUCCACAAAUUUCUUGUUAACAAACUAUAGUUUUGGCAAGUCGGUUAGGACAUCUACUUUGUGCAUGACACAAGUAAUCUUUCCAACAAUUGUUUACAGACAGAUUAUUUCACUUAUAAUUCACUGUAUCACAAUUAAUUAAUAAAUCAUUCUCUCUACUAUUAUUUUUACUAGGAUUAAAUGUCAGGAAUUGUGAAAAACAGAGUUUAAAUGUAUUUGGCUAAGUUGUAUGUAAACCUCCGACUUCAACUGUACGUAUUCAACCUCCGGAGUCAAUACAUGUUAGAAUCACCUUUGGCAGCGAUUACAGCUGUGAGUCUUUCUGGGUACGUCUCUAAGAGCUUUGCACACCUGGAUUGUACAAUAUUUGCACAUUAUUCUUUUAAAAAUUCUUCAAGCUCUGUCAAGUUGGUUAUUGAUCAUUGCUAGAAAGCCAUUUUCAAGUCUUGCCACAGAUUUUCAAGCCAAUUUAAGUCAAAACUGUAACUAGGCCACUCAGCAACAUUCAGUGUCGUCUUGGUAAGCAACUCCAGUGUAUAUUUGGCCUCGUGUUUUAGGUUACUGUCCUGAUGAAAGGUGAAUUUGUCUCCCAGUGUCUGUUGGAAAGCAGACUGAACCAGGUUUUCCUCUAGGACUUUGCAUGUGCUUAGCUUUAUUCAGUUUCUAUUUAUCCCCCCAAAAAACUCCCUAGUCCUUGCCGAUGACAAGCAUACCCAUAACAUGAUGCAGCCACCACCAUGCUUAAAAAUAUGAAGAGUGAUACUCAGUGAUAAUUUGUGUUGGAUUUGCCUCAAACAUAACAUUUUGUAAUCAGGACAAAAAGUUAAUUGCUUUGUCAAAUUUUUAUCCAUCCUCAGUUUUCUCCUAUUACAGCCAUUAAACUCUGUAACUGUUUUAAAGUCACCAUUGGCCUCAUGGUGAAAUCCUUGAGCGGUUUCCUACCUCUCCAGGAACUGAGUUAGGAAGGAUGCCUGUAUCUUUGUAGUGACUAGGUGUGUUGAUACACCAUCCAAAGUGUAAUUACUAACUUCACCAUGCUCAAAGGGAUUUUCAUUGUCUGCUCUUUUUUUAUACCCAUCUACCAAUAGGUGCCCUUCUUUGCGAGGCAUUAGAAAAUCUCCCUGGUCUUUUUUGUUGAAUCUGUGUUUGAAAUUCACUGCUCGACUGAGGGACCUCACAGAUAAUUGUAUGUGUGGGGUACAAAUAUGAGGUAGUCAUUCAAAAAUCAUGUUAAACACUAUUAUUGCACACAGAGAGUCCAUUUAACUUAUGUGACUUGUUAAGCAAAUAUGUAUUUUUUCUUGCCAUAACAAAGGGGUUGAAUAUUUAUUGACUCAAGACAUUUCAGCUUUUCAUUUAAAAUGUAUGUUAAAAAAGAAAUACAAACAUAAUUCCACUUUGACAUUAUGGGGUAUUGUGUGUAGGCCAGUGACAUAAAAUCUACAUUUAAUCAAUUUUAAAUUCAGGCUGUAGCACAACAAAAUGUGGAAAAAAAAUCAAGGGGUGUUAAUGCUUUCUGAAGGCACUAUACAGGGAAAAGGGUGCCAUUUGGGUUGAAACCGCUGCUUCGCCCUAGGAAAUGUCGCUUGGCUCUCCUGCUUGAGAUAUCCUCCCUAUGAAGUAUUGUUUAGACAGGAAGAACCCCUUGUUUUUUACUCUGUCUGUUCUAAAAGCGAGGUUUGUGUUGUAGGAGCUGAGCUGUCUUUGAAUGUGCUGUAAUCUAGAAGGAGGUAGAAAAAAGGUAGAAGGAGAAAAACGAAGCUAGAGAAGAUCAUAAGGAACCUCUGCAUCCUCAUUAGGUUCUAACUUCUCUUAGUUAUUAAGAACUUCGAUUUUUCUUUAAGAGACUGAAGAAACAGUUUGAAAAAUUAUAUCGCCCUGUCGCUAUGCCGUUCCACAUCACAGACAAAAUAAUGAAUGAUACAUAUCUGAAUUUUGGAUUAUUCCAUCUCUCUUUUUCCCCUCAAAGGGAAUCACAGGUAUCCGGUUUGCCAAACAUCAGAGGUGUUACAUCAAGACCCAGACCAGGGAGCUUCCUAAAGUGACAGAGGUGGCAACCUUGAACACAGAGAUACUGGUACAGUAUGAAUAUCUGCAACUCUCUGACUCACUCUGUGUGAGUGUGUGUGUGUGUGUGUGUGUGUGUGUGUGUGUGUGUGUGUGUGUGUGUGUGUGUGUGUGUGUGUGUGUGUGUGUGUGUGUGUGUGUGUGUGUGUGUGUGUGUGUGUGUGUGUGUGUGUGGAGGAAAAUAUGCAUUUUGCAGGGGUAGUAGGAAUAAACAGAGAAGAGGAGUCGGAGAGCUGUGCUCAAACACUCACCCUGACCAUCCGCUCUUCUCUGCCCUCUCCCGCUGAAGUGUAAUCUCCGCAUCCAGCGCACAAGAAACCAUCUGAAAGCUGCCCACCAACCCCCUUUGUGGCUCACAUCAAAUGGUGUUUGCUGUCAAUCUUGAACUAAUAUAAAUGUGUAAUCGUACUCCUCCAAAGACUUGACCAAAAUAGCCUAAAGGGGUAAGUGUGAAAGAGAAUGUAAGAGAGGGAUCUGAGGAAGAGGUAUAAGCCAUUAAAGGGUGCGUAUAUGUCUCUCCUUCUCCGAACUUCGAGCGAUUAAUUUCACUUCUCCUGGCCUAAUAGCCGUAUGUGAAGUUUGGCGGAUGAAUCCCUCACGCAAUAUUUUCAGCCUCUACCAUCCUCCACUCUCAUUUACAUUUUACACAUGGCUCCAACGGAGCUGGGAAAUAUCGAAAUGAUAUUCCCAGCUACAUAAAAAUAUAAAAAUGUUUGUUCCAUUGUCAUGCCAAGUAAAUCCCAGAUAUCCCUUUCUGACUAAUACUAAUUGUUCAGCCUGUACCAUAUUCCCUUCCAUUGUUGUCUUCUUUUGCGCAUUGUGAAACCUAAUUAGACUUCUGUGGAAUCAAUCAGAUAGGAGCCUUGGCGUUGGCUGUGGUGAGGAGAAGAGAGGAGGGAGAGGUUCUCCAGAGGAUAGGAGAAGACACUUGGUGUGUGAUUAGAGCAAGGAUGCACACACACUUAAUCACAUACACACACACACGAGCGUGCAGACACACACAUAUGCGCACACUCAGGCUUAGCUCACAAUCACACUGGAUUAGUGAAGACCAAGUCCCAUAAUAUUAUUAUAUUGUUACAUAGCCUUUCUACUGUGGAAAUGUCAAGUUAUGACACACUACAGUACUGUGUAAAUGACACCCUUAAGUACACUGUGCAGUGCAUUUCUUAAUCAAAUUAUGUAUUCAUGUAUUUGUUAACUAUUAACACAUUGUAAUUAAUUAAGUAAUUAUAUAUCUUGUCAAUGUAUUUAUUUAUCAUUUACUCAUGUUAACUACUACAUUAUGUCAUACUAAUUCAUAUAACCUUAUUGUAAGGUGUUACCGGUAUUGUAUAACACACCGGUACUGAACAACUAACCUCUCUGACCUUUGACCUCUUGUAUACUUCCCCUACAAUAGAUAGUAGAAAGUGAUCCACGGUCCAUCAGAAUCCACACACUCGUGGCAUGGGAGGCCUCCAUCUCGCAGCCAAGUCUCCUUUAAGGUCCUGACUGUGUUACGACCAUGUGAACCACAGAGGGGUUAAUUAAAAUCAAAACAGCUUUUGCUGCUGCUCGGCUCAGCCCCAGCCGAGCCAAGCUGCGGGCUAUGUGAACGUGGGCUCAGUGCGGGGCGUCUGGGGCUUCAGAUUCUCAGAGGUGAGGUGAAAACAAUGCAGCCGGUGGAGAAACUGUGAGUGGCUGAUAAGGAAAUAAAGCAACCGGGGAGUAGAACCAGGUGACAAACAUGAAUUGUUUGCCGCCGGUAUCUUCAGCCAUUUUCACUUUGUUCCUCGUAUGAAAUGAUGGGAGGCUGUAAUCCCUGAGCCUCCCCUAGUUUCCCUCCAGUCUUGAAGCUGAUGAAAUUGCCGUUGUCCUCCUACUUCAGACAGUAGAACAGAGUGUUUUUGAAUCUCUUCUUGCUACUCUGGGUAACCACUUAAUAUGUAUUGCCACAACCAGCCUAGCUGGCAAGGAAACCUCCCACUCAGAUAAAAAAAAACUAAAAAAACAAAUGACAAACAAUGCAUGGAAAAACACUUUACCUGACACACAGCGUCAGAACACUUUAUGACACGGUCAUAACCAUGUCAUAAUGUGUCAUAACAGCUGACAUAACUAAUAUCAUAACUGUUAUAAUAUGGUCAUAACACUGCCAUGACACAUAUAUUUAGACCUGUUGCGACAUAUAUUGUGUUAUUUUAUGGCUGGCUAUGACACCUACAUAAGAGUGUCAAAACCCACAAAACCUACCACAGUAGUUAUUUUAUGGCUGUCUAUGACACCUACAUAAGUGUCAAAACCCACAAAACCUACCACACAAGGCAAAACAUUCCAUUACACCAUAGCUUAUGUCGCAACAUUAUGUUUGUUAUAUAUAUCUUUUUUUUUUUAUUGACCAUGUUUAAUUAUCAUUCUAAUUGCGCACACAUUGAUGUCAGAUAUGCACCUACCCCAAUGCUCUGUUGCUGAUGACUGGGAUGAAUGCAGGAGCAGAUUUCAGGAGCAGGACAAGACACCCUCUUUUUGACUGAUGACUGAUAUAAAGGCAGGUACGUGAUAUGCCUAUCUGGCUUUUAUGAUUAUGAUGGUCAUAAUGCUUCUUGACAGUCAUAAAGUGUAUUUUCUUAGUCCCAAGUAAAGUUACACAGAAUGCAUAAAUAGACAAACUUUCAAACGAAAGGAAACUUUUUGGCAGGGAAAAAAAUAAUUUUGUUUUUACACUCUUAUGUAGGUGUCAUAACCAGCCAUAAGAUAAUGCAAUAUAUGUCACAACAGGUGUAAAUACAUGGGUCAUGACAGUGUUAUGACCAUAUUAUGACAGGUUAUGACCGUGUCAUAACGUGUUAUGACACUGAGUGUCAAGUAAAGUGUUACCAAAGUGUGGAAUGGCUUUACAGUAUGGGAGACUGCCAGAUGGGACGUAAUGUCAUAUACAGGUCAUGUAUAUCGAGGGUCUUAUGAUGUCAUGAGAAAAUCUUCAUUGCUCCAUGACAAACACAAGUGACUUACUGUAUCAGCAUGUGUCACAAAGUUGCACCCUUAGGACAUUGGUGUGAGAGAGGGCAAGUGUAUGUUCAUUACAGUAUGACACUGAAUGUGUGUGGAAUGUAGUUACAUAGGCUCAGAGCAACAGGAAAUAAAUAAUUAGUCUGACAUCUAAUACAAAAUGUCUUUACUUAAGCAGUGUCCAAUAUUCGAUACAAGACAGCUUAAAUUAUGAUAUAACUGCAUCAACUGCGUCAUAAAAUCAUUAUCGCAUCGUCUUUGUACUUGUCGAUUGGUCUUUUAAAAUCACUAUUCCACACAAGCCAUGAUAAACUUAAACAUUGCCCAGAGAGCGGUCUCCUUUUGCAACUUAUUGGUCUUGUUUCUCAACUGCAAAGUAAAAGUCAGAUUACAGUGCUCUGUGUCGUGACCUCCAUUUCCUCAUUUCGGGGUGGUUUCCUUAGUUGCUCGGCUUCAGCGGUUUUGCAGUCCAAUUAGGGAGGUCUGUUUGUGUUUCCUGACCUUCAUUUUAAUUUCUGUAGUUCAGGAGGAGCGAACGCCGCCAGAGCCCCCCUAGUCCUCCUCUGAGUGGUCAUUAGCUUAGCCCGAUCCGGACCAGGCUAAAAAUGAGCUGAAAAAAAGAGUGAGAGCAAACUGUCAAGCUGCUUGUCUAAGCACAAACCUGGCUCGGCUAGCGCUUGAGUGGCUGAGUGGCCACGUCGCUACGCAACGUAUUCUUUCAUCUGGCUGGAAUGAGGUGCGAGUUCAUCUCCGCAGGCUCAUUGAUGUCAUGUCACUUCACAACAAACAGUUACAGCGAGACGGCAGAGCGGACCGUAAUUUAGAAUAAAGACAGAAUCAGUAAGGGGUGAGAAAGGAAGGGAGGGAGAGUCGAGAGUGCACAACCUAAUAUAAAUUAUACCGGCUCCAACCAUAGCCCGGGGAUACGACAUCAAGAUCAACUAAUGUGCAAUUAAGCUUCAGACGAGGAGAGAAUCACCUUGUAAAAACAUUUGUCAAGUAAACUGUUUGCUGUUCUCUCCAGCUGCUAAUUAACGAGGCACUGGGAAGAGGGGUUUGUUUGCCGACCUAUUUACAUAUACAUAAAGAAACACAUCCGGCACGGUAGUGGAAUGCGGCAUUGCCAAACCCCUUUUUAUACAUCUCUUAGAUAGCAGUGACACGUAUUCCCUAUCAUUAACCACUAAUAGUUUACUUUACAGCUCAUGAACUACAGAAUAAACAAAUUAAGCAUGUCGCUAGUGCUGUGAGCUGAAUGCGGUAAUAGGGGAUGGGUGAGGGAAGAGGACGCUAUGCUUUAUUACUGUGUCUGUCGGAUUUAACGAUAUUGCAGCCUUUCGCGACACAAUAAAGUAUAAAGCAAAGUCGUUUCAAAGUCAAAUCUAUGCCGUCGUCAGAUUCUUGUAUUGUUGUUGGGGAGAAAGGGCAGCUUUUGAGGCCUGAGAGGAAGAAACACAAAACGAGGAGGAAUUCAAGGCUAGCGGGAGUCAGCAGGAGGCAGGAAGUGGCGGGACUCCCAGUGGGCAAUAAGGGGUGAUGAACAAAGGGACGUGGCCAGGGCUUGUGCGCUGUGGCUCUGGGGAGAGAGGGCUGAGAAUGCAGAGGGCAUAGAACUGAGGGCUGAGUGUGUGUGUGUGUUUUUUGUGUGUUUCCUCUCCCUGACAGGUGGGCAAGACAGAGGGCAUGGACAUGCAGGUGGUGGAGGACUCCCAGGUGUGGGUGCCUGCUGAGGAGCCCAUCACUAACCCAGCUUUCCUCUUCAACUCCAAGAUCUGGGAGAUAUGCCAGGAGCUACCCAUCCACUGGAUCCAUCCCUCCCCCAUGGGAGGUACAGGGCACCGGGGUCUCUCCACCCCUCUCCUCUCUCGUUCUCGCAUCACUUUGAAAAUGGUGGGAUGAGAGAUUUCGAGGGUCAUUUGUAAAGUUGUCUACUGAUUAGGCUUCUUUUUAGCGACCAGAAAAAGAUGUCUACCUGGUUGUAAUCUGGUUAUCUGACCAUAUAACAACCAAAAUAUGAUAUUGUUCCCAAGCGUCUUGACGUUAUUAUAAAAAAGACAUUUUACCUGGUUGUAAUCUGGUUAUAUGGUCUAUUCAACCAGAAUGACGUCAUUAUGACAUCCCAUGCCAAAUUCUCUGUGCUUGUAUACACUGCAGCAGUUUAAAGAAUGGUAAGCCUCUCAGUAAACCAGCCAGAUUCAUUUACAGUAGAAUGCAGGCUUUUUCAAACAGGAGAAGAAAAAUAAGUUUCUGCUGUGAUCCGGUAAAGUACAUCAACAGCUAUUCUGUGUACUUUCUCCUUUUGGUGCAGAUGCUGAGUUCCACGAGGUGGAGGAUGAGGAGGACAUUCCUGAUGCUGAGGUCGGAGGUCACCGCGUCGCCCGUGACAUCCUGGACCAGGUUCCUGUCAACGAUUAUGUACGUACUGUACUGGGGCUGCAUCUGAAAUUGCACCUUAUUCCCUACUGUAUAUCGUGCACUAGGUCAAAAAUAUACUGAACAAAAAUAUAAACGCAACUUGCAACAAUUUCAAAGAUUUGGCUGAGUUACAGUUUAUAUAAGGAAAUCAUUAGGCCCUAAUCUAUUGAUUUCACAUGACUGGGCAUUGACACAGCCAUGGGUGGGCCUGGGAGGGCAUAGGCCCACCCACUUGGGAGCCAGGACGACCCACUGGGGAGCCAGGCCCAGCCAAUCAGAAUGAGUUUUUCCCCACAAAAGGGCUUUAUUACAGACAGAAAUAAAACAACAUUGAAGGCGGCUUAGGAUAGAGAAAUGACAACAGCUCUGGUGGACAUUUCUGCAGUCAGCAUGCCAAUUGUACGCUCCCUCAAAACUUCAGACAUCUGUGGCAUUGUGUUGUGUGACAAAACUGCACAUUUUAGAGUGGCCUUUUAUUGUACCUGUGUAAUGAUCAUGCUGUUUAAUCAGCUUCUUGAUAUGCCACAACUGUCAGGUGGAUGGAUUAUGUUGGCAAAGGAGAAAUGCUCACUAAACUGUAAACACAUUUGUGAGAAAUAAGCUUUUUAUGCGUCUGGAAAAUUUUGGGGAUCUUUUAUUUCACCUCAUGAAACAUGGGACCAACACUUUACAUGUUGCGUUUAUAUUUUUGUUCAAUGUGUAUAUAUAGGGCCUAUACACUGAGUAUACAAACAUUAAGAACACCUGCUCUUUCCAUGACAUAGACUGACCAGGUGAAUCCAGGUGAAAGCUAUGAUCCCUUAUUGAUGUCACUUGUUAAAUCCACUUCAAUCAGUGUAGAUGAAGGGGAGGAGACGGGUUAAAGAAGGAUUUUUGUGCCUUGAGACAAUUGAGACAUGGAUUGUGUAUGUGUGCCAUUCAGAGGGUGAAUGGGCAAGACAAAAUAUUUAAGUGCCUUUGAACAGGGUAUGGUAGUAGGUGUCAGGUGCACCGGUUUGUGUCAAGAACUGCAACGCUGCUGGGUUUUUCAUGCUCAACAGUUUUCCAUGUGUAUCAAGAAUGAUCCACCACCCAAAGGCCAUCCAGCCAACUUGACACAACAGUGGGAAGCAUUGGAGUCAACAUGGGCCAGCAUCCCUGUGGAAUGCUUUCAACACCUUGUAGAUGCCCCGAUGAAUUGAGGCUGUUCUGAGGGCAAAUGGGGGGUGCAACUCAAUAUUAGGAAGGUGUUCCUAAUGUUUGAUAUACUUUGUGUAUCCAGUAGUUCACUUCUUUUGAACUAGUGGAUGCACACCAAGACCUAAGUUCUCCUUAGUUUCUUUGUGCAUAGAAAUCGCUCGCUAAUUGAUGCUGACUUUCAUGGCAUAAAACGGACUUGUCUUUGUGUACCACAGGGCAUAGAAAUUGCUCAAUAUAUCUGUUUAAAUGAACUUGCCUUGCUUAAGACUCUCUUAAUGUCUCUCCAUUAAUGGAGAGGAAUAUAUAGCCUUCAAAGGCAGCCUUUCUUGUCUUUUUCCGGGCGAAGGCAGGCAGCUAGCACCGUACAAAGCAACACUCCCAAGGACACUCAUUACUGAAUAGAUAGGCUACAUUUAUUAAUUAUGCUUUAAUUAUCAAGUCAAGAAAGAAAAGUGUCAAGCGGCCAAAAUGCCACAUUUUUGUGCAUGUGAGCGGCUUAGUACUCCAUGAUUAAUUACCCUUGACACACACAUACACGCAAAGGUAAACGUACAUACUGUACACAUGCACACAGGUAGGUGGGCCAGCAUGCAUACACACAUACACACACCGCAGCCAUAAUAUUAACAUUUAUCAGGCUGGACCCAGAAAUACCUGCCUGCGUGCAUGCACUCUCCUCCUAUCUACCUCUCCUCCUCUAUUCCUCCCCUCCUCCCUGCUCAUCCUCUAUGGCCGCAGCUGCAAUGCUAUGUACUGAGAUGAAACCCGCUCCCCUUUAUAAAUGUUCCACUGCUAUCAUCCAAGGUAAUACUGCACCUAGCUAAAUCUCCAACCGGCCCAUUCCAUGGCCACAGCCUGUCAGUGUUUGUGGGCCCGGCAGAUAACAAAGGCCUUUGUGACCGACGGAGGGGGAGGCGGUUUAGUUAUAAGUGGGGAGUCUGAAGUUGCUGUUGAGUGGGAUGCCGACAUAGACCUUGAUCUUUUGUAGAGCGCCGAUUCUUACCCUCCACCUGAUCUGGCCUCCACCGUGGCCCCUUGCCUGACCGCCACUGGAGCCCCUGGUUUCGUAUUGACGCGGGUUAUUUCGAUGCGGCCUGACUUUUUUCAUUAGAGUAGCAGUGACAGAGGUGGGGAGAUAUAUGGGGCCGACCUUUAGCCGCGGUUGCCACGGUGGAGCAUUCGCACGGCGCUGAGGCAGCGGCCCUGGAUAUCUCUCCGACUGAAUAACUAUCAUCCGACAUCGCUGGAGGAGCCGCAUCACUGUCCUUGACCUAGAUAGGGGAAGGAAAAGCCUUCAUAUAUGAUUGGGCAGCAGGACUCAGUCGAUCAAGCUGGCACUCACAUGUUCUGUGCCGGUUUUGGGCCGGUUGGAGGUUGGCGGUUGGAUGGUUGGUGGUGGGCCAUGGUGUGACCCUGUACCUCUGCCCUCUUUGCCAGCCAAAGCUAGCGUUGAAACAACAAGGCUGCCCAUGCAUGAGUUGGCAGUGAUGGUUCACAGGAGACCGAGGGUAAACAGAAGCUGUAAAUACCUCCUCUGCUCCCUGAGCGUAAGCUACGCCAAACUGUAAACACAGAUACUGCCUGGGCCUGUGUGGCUCAGUUAGUAAGAGCAUGGCGGGUGGUGCUAAUGACGUCAAGGUCGUGGGUUCAUGUCCCACAUACUGUACACCUACUAAAAAUGUAUGCAAGUUGCUUUGGAUAAAAGCUAAGUGGCAUAUUUUACUAAUAUGUUUCAUAUUUCAUAUUAUAUUUCCCCUUGACUUUAACCAUUAGAGGUUUCACCCUUGCCUGCAUAAUGAGAAAAUGUGGCUUUUGAUGUGGAUGAUGAGACCACACAAUUAGCACUGGGAGUGCAAGGCAGUACCUGCUGCAAAUUAGUCGUCGCUUCUCGAUUCACUUCCUCCUUAUUAUUGAAUGACUGACUGAAAGUUUUCGACUUGACAGACUGAUCAAACCUUUGAUAUGAUGUUAUGCAUGAGGUGCCGUUUCGGUGUGUGAUGAAGUCAGAAAUCCGACGGAGUGAGGGUAAUGACUUUUCCCCGUCGUUAUGCUGCUUGUUUGUGACGAGCACAGAUUUCCCAGGGUGUCCCAUUCUGAACACCCGCCGUCAUUGAAGAGGGGAAUUUAAAGCAAAAAUGAUUAAUAUGCGCUUUAAAAAAGGAUGCCUCUGAUUAAUUUGUCUCAGAAGUACAAUGCCAACUUAUUGUCUGUUUGUUUUUGUAAUCACCCAUUAUUUGAAUAAAUAUAUUUCCAUUCAUUUUCCCAAACUGAAGCUCUGGUUUUGGAUUUCAUACCAUCACAGUUUUAGCUGUGAGGCGGCUGAUAAGAUUAUUGUCUGUGUUGUUUCCAUAAUAGAUUGUUGCCUCGCAGCUGAUGACUCUAAACUUACUAAAAUCAUCAAUCAGUAAUUGCCCACCAGCCAUUGUCAGAGUCGUAAAUCAAACACACCUUUUGCAUAUCAUCCUUUUUUUCUUUCCGAGCUGUUAGUCCCCGAUGUUAGGAGUAUGUAAUGUUAGUCCAUUUAUCAUCUGUCACAGCAGUUGUGAUUUGAAUCCUACUUACUGCACUGUGUUUGUAUUGUGGAUUUAUUAUGCUGGCUCCAAAAGUUAUGGGAGGCUGAAUGUAGCUUAACACCAGCCACAAACAAUAGAGUCAACAACAUCUGUGAGACCCUGGACCAUUUAGUGCCCUGUAAACUAUUUCCUGUGACUAAUACUGCCUUUCUAGGAAAGUAGCCAAACAACUUCCAGUCCACACCGCCCAUAAUUAACUGUAGAGGAGAAAUUAGGGUCAAAGCUGUGUUCCUAUGGGUCCCAGGCCUUUUAAAGACUGGGAGGAAACAAUUACCUUGCAUUGUUCCCCCUCUCAAUGGAUUUCUGUUCUGUUUUAUUUGUCUUCUGUUACGAAAGGCUGACUCAUAAGCAAAGGCAAAGCGCCAGGUAAAGUCCGAAGGGGGGACGAUUGGUCUCUUUCAUCUAAGCUAUUUAACCAGACAGUGCUGGAUUGUCUCUGAAGAUUUAGUCAAAUUCUCUCACUGCAGGAGAUUUGAAAACGUUGUCAAAUGCCUGUAUCUGUGCAGCUCUGAGAGCGCUUUAAGUGGCACUUCUCUGAGCCCAAUUCAGAAUUGCCCUCGAUCAAAGGCAUGGCACUCAGCCCUAACACCGUCUGGAGAGGGCAUGCGCCCGGAGGACUGGCACAAUGGAAAAAGCCAAGGGCCAUUCAUUCUGCCCAAUUUACCUUUCAUUUGGGUAUCAUUUAGGCCUUAUAUAAAUUCACACCCAUUCGACGCAAGCAAAUAAAAGGAUCCUUGUUAGUCGAUCAUUACUUGCCUAGUUGCUUUAGGAAUGUGUCAUCCACUUAAAGUCAAGGUCAGGGGGAGGGCGCCCAAGACAAAGAGCCUUUCAUUUAUAGGCUCUAAUGGAGGGAUUGUGGCCAUUUUGGUUCAGCUCGCAUGGGUCACGGCAGGGGGAGUGGGAGGUCAGAGAUGAAAGAAAUACUGUAUAUUUCCCGGUAACCGGCAGUGUCAGAUUCACUUUGAUUGAAUAUAGCGCUGGGACAACGGGGCCGAGGACUCUGGGAUGUGAGAUGGAGCUUGGUGAAGCUAAGAGUAAUGCUACCACUGACAUAACAGAAAGGUCAAGGGUAUUAUAUCAUGUUUUAUGUUCCCGGAUCGAGGCGGCCCCGCUUUCCAAUGCUAUCUUGAUCUGUGUGUCACGGUCGAGCGUGGAAUCAUUUUGUCCAUUCAUUUCCUUAGACAUCCAUUUUGAUCUUUCUUUUCUGUUUAGCUGCUUCAUAGCUUUUUUCUGACCCACGACCGAAGCGAGAACAUCAAUUCACCCAAUCAAAUCCUCUGUCUCUGACUGUCCCUGCUCUGGUAGUGCUGGUAUUCAUCGUGUGUGGCCCUAGUUUUGUGUCCUUCACAGGGAAAAGAAAAGGAGAUUGAUUUUGCUUGAUAAAUAUUUAAUUUAAAGUAUAAGUGCACACCUUACUGAACAGAAAAUUGUAAAGCCAAAAUAAAGAGAAACAUUUAGCACUUCAUUUUUGAAUAAAUAGCUACCGCAGAAGAAUAAACCUUGCCAGUGCGGGGUGUGCAUUCCACACUCCACCUAUACUUCCAAUUCCAUUUUCUCAAGAUUGCUGUCUAUCUCUCGCUCUCUGGCUCUCCUUUAUUUGCAUCACCUGCCCUUUGAAGCACUCAAUGUAUUUCCUUCCUCUCAUGGACUUGCCACUUGUCCUUCACAGAGAGACAUUGGAGUUGAGCUGGAUAACCGCCUGGAUGACCAUGGCUACUGCUGCCAGCACUGUCGUCGUGGUUACCGCUAUUGCCAGCGCUACUAUGAGCCCCUGGGGGGUUUUAACCCCUACCCGUACUACUACCAAGGAGGACGUGUCAUCUGUCAGAUCAUCAUGCCCUGCAACUGGUGGAUCGCCCGUAUGCUCGGGAGGAUCUGAUUGGAUGGUGAAACAGGAUUCACUAUGUUUCAGCUCACAUGAUAGGUGCGUUCGUUUUAGGCUGGGUUUACACCGCACUAGGGCGUAGAGUCUCAGCAACCACUUUGUGACUUCACCAUGUACCACACAGAGAGUUUGGUGCUUGCCAGAAUUUGUAAUAACUCUACGCAAGCAUCGAUUCAGUUUUGCUAAGGCGAACGCUUGGUGGAGUGUAAACCCAGCCUUGGCCCACCCAGGGCAACAGGUGGGUGGAGUUUGCACAUUUGAGACCAUUCCAUCAGGCCAAGUGCAAACUCAGCCCAACUGGUGCACUUGUGAGGUAAAACGAAUGCAACCCUUGCUACUCCCCAAUCAGUAUUCCAAAGCCUUUGUGAUAGCAACACAUUUCUAGUACACAAUUAUUAUCCAUCCUAUCUAAAAAAAAAAAUAAGCAAAUUGACUGUCAGUCUGUCUUAAGUCUAAAUUGAGAUUUGGGAGCGUCUAGGCGAUAUCUCUAAAAGCCAUUAGAUCUCCCGAGCUGUUACAUUGUGAACGUUUACCUAGCCAUCAAAUUCUGGUUGUGUGGCCUUGUUGUGUCUGUGCACUGAAGUGCAAUUUUGCUUUCAACAUGUUUUAAAUCUCUCAUUGCUGAUUUCUUUCUCAUUUAAUGUUCUUCUUUAUCUUUAUUAUGGGUGGCAUGUAACCGACCUCUUGCUUGUGGAGCAGACCUGGGUUUAAAUAGUAUUCGAUUUCUAUCAAAUACUUUGAGCAUUUGAUUGAGCCUUCCUGGAGUGCCAGAUGGGACAAGGUUUGCACUUUUCAGACUAUCCCAGUGGUGCGCCAUAUAAUCUCAAUCAAACACAGCUUAAGUAUUUGAAAAAAACAAAAAAAUACUAUUUGAGCCCAGGUCUGCUUUGGAAUAUGGAUAUAGAAUUGUAGCCUGUAUAGGCUGUAGCCUGUAUAUACAUAGGCUGUAGCCUGUUCACUCUGUCAAGAGCAUUGAACCCUUUCUAGACUUUAUCAGUUGAACAAAAAUAACGUGUCAUUUUUUUGUGAAUUAUCUAUUUUGACUAUUGUUUACCACAGUUCGCAUGUUACCUUGAAAGAGUGUUUAUUGUAUGGAUGAGAAAGUAUACAAAAACCUUGAUUUUUACUAUCAGAAUGAGUCUACUAAUUAUAAUAAAGCAAUGCCUAUAUACAUGUAUAUGCUUCAUUCUUCUAAUUAAACUUGAC